AUGGACUUUGGUGGCGGAAUGGGAGCCAUGGGGCAUGACGCCGGUGUCGGCCCUGGGCUAAUGCAAUGGUACAUGGACAUUCCUCCGGUAUCGCGGUUGUAUUUGACGGGGGCUUUUCUGACGACGGCCGCUUGCGCCGUGGACAUUAUCACUCCGUUCAGUCUCUACUUUAACUGGACGCUGGUGCUGCAAGGGCAAGUGUGGCGAUUGGUGUCUUCCUAUCUGUACUUUGGACUCUUCUCGGUCGACUUUUUGUUCCACAUGUACUUUUUGGUCCGAUAUAGCCGCCUGUUGGAAGAAGGGGAUUUUCGCGGACGGACCGCCAAUUACAUUUACUUUCUCCUCUUUGGCAUUUGCAACAUGACGCUGGUGGCGAGUUACAUCAAUGUCCACUUUUUGGGCAGUGCCUUGACAUUCAUGAUGGUAUAUGUCUGGGGACGAAGAAAUGAAGAAGUCAAAAUGUCAUUCCUGGGAGUAUUCAGCUUCAAUGCACCCUACUUGCCGUGGGUCAUGCUAACCUUUAGCGUACUGAUUGGCAAUGCCAUCACUAUGGAUCUUAUUGGCAUUGCCGUCGGUCAUCUAUACUACUUUUUGGAGUAUAUAUAUCCCAAAAUUGCACAAGUACGAGGAUUCCGAACCAAACGAAUCAUGGAACCACCCGUCUUGCUUCAUUACAUUUGUGGGUCCUAUGACCCACUCAUUCAUGCUCCACAACAAGAAGAGCCCGAAGAGGAACUGCCACAAGACGAACAAGAACUACCAGUACCACAAGAACAACACCUCCAUCAAGACUAG